GACAAAAAAUGGAACACACCAGCAGUGUGAGGAGACCUGAAAGUGGCACAUGGCAGAGUGUGGCGAUGGAGACAGCAGCAAUGGGAGGCCGUACAGGGACCCAUGAGAGACUCUGGACCUGGCAGCAGCAUGAGGGAGGCGGUAUAGGGGCCCAUGGCAGAUUAGGGGCCUGGCAGCAGCAAUGGGAGGCCCGUAAUCUGCCAGCACCCUAUGACAAAAAAAUGGAACACACCAGCAGUGUGAGGAGACCUGAAAGUGGCACAUGGCGAAGAGUUGUGGCGAUGGAGACAGCAGCAAUGGGAGGGCCGUACAGGGACCCAUGAGAGACUCUGGACCUGGCAGCAGCAUGA